AUGGAUGUCAUCGAGGUGGAAAAUUUCGGACCCGCAAUCAUUUGUCCCUACAACAAGUCUCAUCUCAUUCCGGCUGCACGUAUACAAUGGCAUUUGUCCAAAUGCCAACGCCAGUACCCCAAUGCGAAAAUAGCGGUGUGCCGCUUCAAUGCAUCGCAUCAUAUUCCCCAAAAAAAGUUGAAACAUCAUGAGAGUAUUUGUCCGGACCGGGUGUUGAUUGAACGCUUCAUGUAUCCACUCGGUGACGGUGGUCCUGCCACGUCGAAAAUGGAGCAGCGAAAAGCAGAGUAUAGUAUGCCAGACGAUGCGUCAGGGUAUCAACAAACAGUCGAUGAAAAUUGGGAUGACAUGGAUGCCCUGCCGUAUAAUCCGGAAGAAUACUGCCGAAAUAACCCUAUCAUCCGGAAGGCAAUGCAUAUGACGCGUUCUGAGAAACGCCAGUUUUAUGCGGACGAGCGCGUUCGUAUUACUACGAUACGGGCAAAACGCGAAGAAGAGGAAAACAAGAAAAAAUAA